AGAGAGAGAGAGCGGCGCCGACACAAAGGCAGAGCGGAGGCUGGAAGUCGAGCUGCUUUGGACUCCGCAGUGGCCACGGGCUCGUGCGCUCCGGCAUGACUUCAGCCCUGGACUAAACGGACUUGCAGCCAACUUGCAGAGCGCAAGUUCGCUGGCACCUCGUCUACGUAGAAACGCUCGACAGGCAGCGACGAUGCAGAGGAGCGCGGCGCGGUGGUGCGCGCUGGUGGCCGUCGUCCUGCACGCAGCGGGGGGCAUGGCGGCCAAGGAGCUCCAGUGCCAGGAGAUCUCCGUGCCGCUGUGCAAAGGCAUCGGCUACAACUACACCUACAUGCCCAACCAGUUCAACCACGACACGCAGGACGAGGCCGGCCUGGAGGUGCACCAGUUCUGGCCGCUGGUGGAGAUCAAGUGCUCCCCCGACCUGCGCUUCUUCCUCUGCAGCAUGUACACGCCGAUCUGCCUGGAGGACUACAAGAAGCCGCUGCCGCCGUGCAGGAGCGUGUGCGAGCGCGCCAAGGCCGGCUGCGCUCCGCUCAUGCGCCAGUACGGCUUCCCGUGGCCGGACCGCAUGCGCUGCGACCUGCUGCCCGAGCAGGGCGACCAGGACACGCUGUGCAUGGACUACAACCGCAGCCACAGCACCACCGCGGCCCCGGCGCCGGCCAAGCCGACCGGCCGCCCGCUGAAGCCGCUCAGCCCGCGGAAGAAGCCCGGCUACGCGCGCAACGUCCCCGGGAAGCACAAGCCGGCGGCGUGCGAGCCGGGCUGCUUCUGCCGCGCGCCCAUGGUGCCGGUGAGCGGCGACGCGCACCCGCUGCGCAACCGCGUGAAGACGGGGCACAUCCUGAACUGCGCCGUGCCGUGCCACAACCCGUACUUCACGCAGGAGGAGCGGGCGUUCACCGCCUUCUGGAUCGGCCUGUGGUCCGUCCUCUGCUUCGUCUCCACCUUCGCCACCGUGGCCACGUUCCUCAUCGACAUGGAGCGCUUCAAGUACCCGGAGCGCCCCAUCAUCUUCCUGUCCGCCUGCUACAUGUUCGUGGCCGUGGGCUACAUCGUGCGCGUGAUCGUGGGGCACGAGGAGGUGGCGUGCACCGGGGAGCACGGGGCGCAGUACAUCCACUACGAGACCACGGGCCCCGCGCUGUGCACCGUCGUGUUCCUGCUCGUCUACUUCUUCGGCAUGGCCAGCUCCAUCUGGUGGGUCAUCCUGUCGCUCACCUGGUUCCUCGCCGCGGGGAUGAAGUGGGGCAACGAGGCCAUCGCCAGCUACGCGCAGUACUUCCACCUGGCUGCGUGGGUCAUCCCCAGCAUGAAGUCCAUAGCGGUUCUGGCUCUGAGCUCGGUGGACGGGGACUCCGUGGCCGGGAUUUGCUACGUGGGGAACCAGAACCUGGACAACCUGCGCGGCUUCGUGCUGGCGCCGCUGGUGAUCUACCUGUUCAUCGGCACCAUGUUUCUGUUGGCCGGGUUCGUCUCCCUGUUCCGGAUCAGGAGUGUCAUCAAGCAAGGCGGCACCAAGACCGACAAGCUGGAGCGGCUGAUGAUCCGGAUCGGAGUUUUCACCGUCUUGUACACGGUCCCCGCCACCGUGAUCGUGGCGUGUUACUUUUACGAGCAGCACCACAGGCAGACGUGGGAGAUUACGCACAACUGCACGUGCAUGACGGACCCGAACCGACAGAGACCGGACUAUGCUGUUUUCAUGCUGAAGUACUUCAUGUGCCUCCUCGUGGGCAUCACGUCCGGCGCCUGGAUCUGGUCCGGGAAAACCCUGGACUCCUGGAGGACUUUUUGCACGCGGUGCUGCUGGGGGAGUAAAGCGUCGGGGGGCUCCAUGUACAGUGACGUCAGCACGGGACUGACCUGGAGGUCCGGAACGGCCAGCUCCGUGUCCUGCCCCAAACAGAUGCCGCUGUCCCGGGUUUGAUUCGGACAAUUCAAUGCAUCUUACACCACGUGGCACUAAAGACUGAACCCGCGCGAAGACUGUUUCCAAUGUUUUUAUUUGCUAAAUUAUUGUAUCAGCGAGCCUCCACUGCCAGUUUAUAUCGAAUUGACUCCAGCACUGCCCUAAUGUGAACGGACUGACGGAUCUGCGCGUGGAGAAGUUGUGUGAUGUUCGGGUACUUAAAGAACGGCCUCAAAUGACAUCCAUAGGUUUGAAUGGAGCAGGUUGGGGGGGGGGGGGGGGGGUUGUCUGUCAGCGUGUCGUAAUUAGCACAUUAAUGAGCGCAUAAUGGCUUCUCUUUAAAUAAUGACAGCGGAACAAUGUACCUGUGUGGAAGAAUGCAGCGCUUAUCUGCGCCAAUUGAAUGCGCGCAGCUGACAGAUUCCCCGUCGAUAGGUUGAGGUGACGCUCUCACUGUAAAGACUGAGCUCCACGACCGAGCGCUAAUAAAGCCUUAAUAGUGUCGCAUACGGGUUGUAUUGGCGCUUAAUUUGUGUAUUUAUAUAUAAUAACCGAUGUACAUAUGUUGUAGAUUUGUAUAUGGGAAUUUACGAGAUUGUAAAUAUGUGUCAUUUUCACUUUGAUAGAAGAUUUUAUUUUGAGAAUAAAACAACUUUUAUUGGA